CUGGAUUUAUACCAACUCAGGAAUUGAAAUAUUUUUGUCUUUUCCCCUCCCCAAGAGGAAUUAAUAAGAAUACUAAGCAUCGUCCUGGAGUGUGAAGGCAGAUAUCCAUUAUUUUGAUACACCCCUUCCGACUGAUCCAGUGGGAUAAUCACCUCACUCUUCUGCCAUGGACAAUUUCAACUUCACCACCACACUGGCUUCCUGGGAAGAAAAUUCAACAGCCAACUGGGCAGCCCCUGUUUCCGGGAACCUAUCCCAAGCUUCCAGGCUCAGCCUGGAUGUCAGUGGUGUCCUCAUCCCUCUGGUUUACCUCAUCGUCUGCGUGGUGGGACUAGCCGGAAACUCCCUGGUCAUCUAUGUGGUUUUGUGCCAUUCCGUGAGCGAAUCGGUGACCAACGUCUACAUCUUCAACUUGGCGCUGGCUGAUGAACUCUUCAUGUUUGGCCUGCCCUUCUUGGCUGCACAAAAUGCCUUGUCCUAUUGGCCUUUCGGUUCCUUCAUGUGCCGGCUAGUGAUGGCCGUGGAUGCUAUAAACCAGUUCACUAGUAUUUUCUGCCUGACCGUAAUGAGUGUGGACCGCUACCUGGCGGUAGUGCACCCAGUGAAAUCGUCAAAAUGGCGGACGGCACGUGUGGCCAAGGCAGUCAGUGCCACUGUUUGGGUGCUCUCUUCCGUGGUUGUACUGCCUGUGGUUGUGUUUUCAGAUGUCCCCCAGGGCAUGAGCACAUGCCACAUUCAGUGGCCCGAGCCGGCUUCAGUCUGGAAAGCAGGCUUCAUUGUCUACACAGCCACUCUUGGCUUCUUUGGGCCUCUGCUGGUCAUCUGCCUGUGUUACCUGCUUAUUGUUGUCAAGGUUCGGUCGUCGGGCAGAAAGGUGAGAGCGCUGACGGCCAAGCGCAAGCGCUCCGAGCGGAGAGUCACACGCAUGGUGGUUGCCGUCGUCGCGGUCUUUGUCCUCUGCUGGCUGCCUUUCUAUGUGCUCAACAUCGUCAAUGUCAUUUGGACUUUGCCCGAGGAGCCAUCUCUCUUUGGCGUCUACUUCCUUGUCGUGGUCUUGCCCUAUGCUAACAGCUGUGCCAACCCCAUAAUCUAUGGCUUCCUCUCGUACCGCUUCAAGCAGGGUUUCCGCAGGGCUCUCCUCAGACCCUCCCGCCGAGUGCAGAACCAAGAAAUUGCAGCAGCAGCAACCACGGGUGGUAAGGUGGAGGAAGAGGAAGAGGAAGAGGACGAAAUGGAGGCAGAAGCAAGUGAGGUCAGCAAGAUUGCCCAAAACGGCAAUGGCAUGCAAGAGUGCGCCCCCAUCAGUGGGGCAGGGGGGAGCAGUGAACAGAAGCCACUGCCAGAGGAGCCUGGGAUCUCUGAGAAGCCCAGUAUCAUGAACAUUAGCUACUUAUAGUGACUCUUUCUCUCUCUGAAACACCCUGGCAGUGACUCAUUUGGAAUAACAAACGGAAGGAUCAUUCAUAAUGCAAGGGAUUCCUAAAAAACAGAAAGCCUGAGAGGGAUGUGGGCAGAUAAAUACCCGCUUUUGAACAGUAAAGCCAGACCUAACAACCAGAGUGGUGGGUAGAGCAAAGGCCUGCCCUGUGGAACGCCCUCCCAUCAGAUGUCAAAGAGAAAAACAGCUACCAGAUUUUUAGAAGACAUCUGAAGGCAGCCCUGUUUAGGGAGGCUUUUAAUGUUUAAUAGAUUAUUUUAUUUCAUUUUUCUGUUGGAAGCCGCCCAGAGUGGC